CCUUGGAAAUGCGUCACAACGCGGAAGUGCUCUCAGUGGCGAUUAUUUUGGAACUUGUGUGUGUAUGCGCUGGAAGACUGCGUGGAGGAAGAAAAGGGGAAGGCGCAGGAGGCUGCCUAGAGAAACCUCUGGUGCUGUUGAGUCCAAUUUAUGUCGAAAGGGAAGGCCGUCAUGGAGCCCUCUGCGUCUGGCAUGUUUUGCGGGAGGAUGCUGAGCAUGGUCAAUUCUGAGGACGUUAACGCGAUCAUCCAAGCUCAGAGACACAUGUUAGACCGAUUUGAAAAGACAAAUGAGAUGCUUUUAAAUUUUAACAAUCUCUCAAGUGUCAGACUUCAACAAAUGACAGAUCGCUUUCAGAACCACACACGCACCUUGGUUGAGAUGAAGAAAGAUCUUGACAGCAUCUUCCGAAGAAUCAGAACGCUAAAGGGCAAGAUUGCAAAACAAUACCCAGAUACGUUUAACAGUAUUCAUGAAUCUCCUAUUCUUGAAGAUGAUGAUGAUUACUUUGACCCCAUUCCUCCAAGCACAGCAACUACCACUGGCACAUCAGAACAAAGCACAGAAUCCUGUGACACAAGCCCAGAUAUAAUUUCACCAACCGUUAGCCGAAGCUCGGAGGACUUUUCUCAAGAAAUAAUGGAAACUCCUACUUCCGAUGGACAGAAUAAAUCCUUUGCAGAAGAAGAAGGAGAUGGUGAAAAAAACGGAAAUAAUCUUGAAAGAGAAUAGCCGAUGAAUGAUGCAAUUUGUGCACGUUUUGUAAACUUAACACAACUUGUCACUGUAGUCAUUUCUCAGGAGUGCCGCUAUUUUUUUUUAACAUUGACGUAUUUUCAGUGGACUGAGUGAGUGCCACCAGAGAAUUAUAAAACUGUAUGUUAGGUCAGCAUAUAUCAUCAAAGCAGGCUUGCAACUGGGUUUAGAUUCAAAUAGCUAAAAACUACACUUUGCAAAUCAAACAUUAAAUAGUGUUUUUGACACAUUCAAACCCUUCUUAAACAUCAUGCGGCCAUUUGCUAAAGCUAAUAAUGCAUUAGAAUGAUUGUGCUGCUUCUGAAGAGAAUUUCAGAAAGUGCACUUCGAGUAAUCAUGACCUAGACUGUAUUGGCACUUGGCAAAACUGUAACUAUUUCUAACCCAUGUACCCUAGGAGGUGUUUUUGUUUCCAUAUUUAACUUCUUAUUCCUGUCGUUUUGUAUUUUGCCUCCUUGUAAAAUUGUUUGUUUUAACUGUUGGCAUAAUUUGUAAACUGCUCAUUUUCAAGUUAAUUGCUAUGCAACAAAAUGACACUUUUAUUUAUGCUGCCAAUCCCCAUGGGACAAAACAAAUAAAAAUGUACAUCUAAUUUGAUUUUUUAUUAA